UAGUUUCAAAAAUUGGAUAUUCUUCACGCAAAGAUCUUCUAUAUGCUGUUUGCGGGUUUAUAAAGGUAGAAAUGAAGUACACCAAUAUGUUGGUGAACACCAAUUGUCAUUUGAAAGAAGUAUGGAAUCACCAAAAUAGAGACCAUCUUGCACUUUUUGGGUUAAAAGAUCCAAAAGUUCAGGCAUUGUUGACAAAUAAAAAAGAAGAUAUAACAUAUACAUCACUUCAAUGGAACGACACAUCAAUUUUACAACAAAUUUUUAAUCUGUACAUUAAACUUCAGCUGCCACAUGUUUUACAUAGUGUAUACCCACCUGGUUAUUCAUUUCAAUACAAAGAACUAGCAGCCUGGUAUUCUAUGUUUCGAGCUUGUAGAUGUACAAAUAUUAUGCCCUAUUUCAAAAAAGAGUCUGAUGUCGAAUUUUGGAUAUGUGCUGUAGAUCCUAGGGCUGAUCGGCAAACUCUAAAAAGCUUAUAUCAAUGGGAAUUAAUUCAGAUAAAAGAUCAAAAUUCUCCAUGUAAUAUUGCUACAAGUUGUCAAUUCUGGGAUAGUUUUCGCUAUGCACUAGAAAUUAAUAAAAGAGAGGCUGGUAGAAAAUUUCAAAUACUAUCUAUUAUCGUAUCUUACUUUGAUUAUCAGGUUCUUAAAAGAGAAUUAGGAGUAAUGUCAAAAACUAUAUACAAAGCCAGAAAACAUUCUCGUCUCUAUGGUGUUGGUGCACCACCAAUGGAAAUGCCAAAAAAAACAACCAAAUUAAUGGCCGAAUUUAAAGAAAGACAGUUCAAAAUAUUUUUUUCCGAUAAAGAUAAUGUUACAAUGAGUUCUUACAAGACAGACCCAAAAACUAACUUGCCUAUCCUUUUUUUACGUGAUAACAAGGCUUCACUUUGGAAAAAGUUUCAACAAACCUUCCCCAAUAGGAUAAAAAAAACCUCUUUUAUGGGCCACAUUGCAAAUUGUACAUAUCUAAAAUAUCAGAGUGAUUUGG